AUGGUGUCGAUCCCUUCGUCUCUUCUUGCUGCUGGUCAGGCACCACAACAAAUGUUGAACAUCACCACUGAGCAGAUUCAAAAGUAUUUGGAAGAGAACAAGCAGCUGAUUAUGGCUAUACUGGAGAAUCAGAACAAGGGAAACUUUUCUGAAUGUGCCUCGUAUCAAGCCCAGUUACAGCAGAACCUGAUGUACCUAGCAAGAAUUGCUGAUGCCCAACCACAAGGAACCACAAUGCCUUCUCAGAUGCCCCAGCAGCUGCCUGCAGUACAGCAAGAGCAGUACGUGCAACCAUCUCAAGUUGCUAUCCCUCAGCAACCAAUGUUCUUCAACCAGAAGCUCCAUUUCCAAAUGAAUGAUCAGCAGCAGCUGCCUCCACAUCUCCAACAGCAAUUCUUCCUCCAAGGACAGAUACGAAUGAGACCUGGUGCCGCCGAUGGAGAUUCUGAUGCAUGA